AUGACUAUCCCGAUCACUGCCCAGCCAUCCAAAGACCGCGUGGAGCCGGACUCCGUCAAUGUCCCCGUGGGGAAGUUCCCCCCGACGGCCUCAUCCACGGAGAUCGAUGCCCCCCAAAUCGCAUCGGACGUGGUCGAUAGGCUCAACAGCGCCCUCAGGCAGAAGGACUACAAGGCCGCUUCCAACCUGUUCAUGGAAGAUGGCUACUGGCGGGACCAUCUAGGUUUAUCGUGGGAUUUCCGCACCCCCAAAGGCAGAGACAACAUCGCCGGCUUCCUGGAAAGCGCCGCACAGCUGCCGCAGAUUGAGAUCGACCGGUCGUCUCCCAUGCUUGCGCCCAGUGUUGGACCCAUCGAUGCGUUUGGGGACGUCUUCGGCGUCGAGUUCUGUAUCACUUUCACGACGGAAUCAGGGAAUGGGAGGGGUGCCGUUCGGCUGGCGGAGAAGGAUGGCGCGUGGGAAAUAUUGACUCUUUUCACGACUCUGAAGGAGCUCAAGGGGCACGAGGAAGCGGUCAAUAGCCGUCGUCCUCUGGGUGUGCAACAUGGGGAGCAGCUGGAUAGGAGAAACUGGCAGGACAGACGGACAGCGGACUCCAAUUUCGAGGGAAAGGAUCCCGCUGUUGUGAUUAUCGGCGCUGGCCAAGCUGGUCUUACGGUCGCUGCCCGUCUCAAGAUGCUCGGCGUUGAUUCCCUGAUGAUCGAUGAAGAGGACCGUAUCGGAGACAACUGGCGACGCAGAUACCACCAGCUCGUCCUCCACGACCCCGUCUGGUAUGACCACAUGCCAUACCUGCCAUUCCCCGCCCACUGGCCGGUCUUCACCCCCAAGGACAAGCUGGCGGAGUUCUUCGAGUCCUACGCCAAACUGCUGGAACUCAACGUCUGGACCAAGACCACGCUCAAAUCGUCCGCAUGGAGCGAUGGGGACAAGCAGUGGACCCUGGUUGUCGAACGGCGGAAAGAAGAUGGUUCGGUGGAAACUCGCACCCUUCACCCGCAGCAUGUCAUCCAGGCCACUGGCGCUUCCGGGAAGAAGAACCUUCCCACAUUCAAGGGGUUGGAUUCUUUCAAAGGUGACCGGCUCUGUCACAGCUCCGACUUCGCGGGCGCAAACCCCAACUCCACGGGGAAGAAAGCAGUGGUCGUUGGGUCUUGUAACUCGGGCCAUGACAUCGCGCAGGACUUUUAUGAGAAGGGAUAUGAAGUCACGAUUGUGCAGAGGAGCUCAACCUGUGUGAUCUCAUCCACAGCUAUCAGAAAGAUCGGGCUCAAGGGUCUGUAUGACGAGAACGGCCCUCCCACCGAAGUCGCCGAUAUGUUCCUGUGGAGCAUGCCGGCCGAAUUGUUCAAGGCGCAGCAGAUUAAGGUCACGGCCGCCCAGAACAAACACGACGCCAAGCUCCUUGAGGGACUGGAGAAGGCGGGCUUCAAGAUCGACAUGGGACCGAAUGACGCGGGUCUCCUGAUGAAGUACUUCCAGCGUGGCGGCGGUUACUACAUCGAUGUUGGUGGCAGCCAGCUCAUCGUGGACGGCAAGGUCAAGGUGAAACAGGGCCAGGAGAUCGCCGAGAUUCUUCCGCACGGGCUCCAGUUCGCGGACGGCACGCAGUUGGAGGCAGACGAGAUCGUGUUUGCGACCGGAUACCAGAACAUGAAGACGCAGGCGCGCCUGAUCUUUGGCGACAAGGUCGCUGACCGAGUCCAGAGUGUCUGGGGCUUCGACAAGGAGGGUGAAAUGCGCACCAUCUGGAGACAGUCGGGACACCCUGGAUUCUGGUUCAUGGGGGGCAACCUGGCGCUGUGCCGGUACUAUUCGCGGCUGCUGGCGCUGCAGAUCAAAGCCCAAGUGGAGGGUCUGACGAGUGUGAGCGAGCGGUAG